AUGUCGGACAACGCUCAAGAAGUCAACUAUGUGAAGCCGGCCGACCACCAGAAGUUUGUUCAGGAUGUUCUAUGCGCUAAUGGGGUCUCUCGCGAGAAUGCCACCAUCAUUUCCAACUGCCUUUUACAGGCCGACUUACGUGGCGUCGAUACGCACGGAGCCAACCGUAUCCCGACAUACAUUGAGAGAAUUCGGAACAAGAUUCUGGAUCCUGCCGCCACGCCAGUUCUGACACAGGUCACCCCUGUGGCCGCAUCGGUUGACGCGAAGAAUGGCUUUGGAUUCGUGGCCGCUCAUCUCGCGAUGACAAGGGCCAUAGAUAUGGCCAAGGAGUUUGGCAUUGGCAUGGUGUCUGUCAAGCACUCGAAUCAUUACGGCAUGGCUGCAUGGAUGGUACAGCAAGCGGUGGACGCCAACAUGAUGUCCCUUGUCUUCACAAAUUCUUCGGCAGCUCAGCCAGUCUGGGGUGGUCGUACGAAGACCAUGGGGGUCUCGCCCUUGGCAUGCGGAGCUCCUGGCGGAACUCCGGAGCGCCCUUUCAUUCUCGAUAUGGCGCCCUCAGUGGCUGCCCGUGGUAAAGUAUAUAAAGCUCUUCGACGUGGCGAGAAAAUCCCACUAGACUGGGCCUUGGAUAAGGAAGGAAGGCCGACUGACGACCCAGCCAAGGCUCUAGAAGGAGUUAUGCUACCUAUGGGAGGUCCCAAGGGCUCGGCCCUUUCUAUAAUGAUGGACGUUUUCUCCGGAGUGUUGUCUGGAUCGGCUUUCGCCGGCCACGUUGGUGGACCAUACGACUUCACCAAGCCUGCGGAUGUAGGCCAUUUCCUUGUCGCUAUCAAACCUGAUCUCUUCAUGAGCCUCGACGACUUUCGAUCGCGGAUGGAAUAUCUGUAUCAGAAAGUCGUGACUAGCGAGAAGAUGCCUGAAGUGGAUCGGAUCUAUUUCCCUGGUGAGAUAGAGCUUCUGAAUAAAGAGAAGCGACUGAAGGAGGGGGUGCCUUUCACCUUGACGGAGAUCAAGAACAUGAACAAGGAAGCAGAGCUAGCCGGCGUGGAGAAGAUGAAGUACACUUGA